UAAAACGACUUAUAAUAAAAAACGGAGGGAGUAUAUGGGAAAGUUCUUGUCCAAAACAAUAUCAUUACAUAUAAGGAGACAUGUGGCAUGUGCUGUACGUUGAAAGCUCCUACUUAAACUAAGCUAUGGGUGGAUUUGUGGACCAGUUAUAAUUAGUUGUGGUUUUGUCUAGUAUAUAUGUUCACAAAGUAAACUUAUAUAUAUAUACAUAAAGUUUUUUUUGUUAGAUUCGACAUGAAUCAUGUGUAUGCAUGCUUAUCAUUGUGAACAAACGAUUGUAUUCAUUGAUUGCGGAUCAUUUAUAGUUUGACCGUCGUCUAUGUAUAUUAAUGUUUGUAGCCGAUUCAAGCAGCAGGCGACAAGUUUCAUGACUACUGUAUAUGUAUACUACUUACCAAUUAAAAUUUGAAUUGAACAGAUAAUAAAUGGGAUACAUAUAUAUACGUAGGCUGUAGCAAUCAAAUGAAGCUACAUAUACAUAAAUCAAUAUCAUACCUUCAAACGGUUGACCCAUAUAUAAGAACCAAUAAAAUGGCAAAAGUUGUAAGAUAAUGAUAAUCUGAAAGUAAAGGCAUUUUGGUUGAACGGUCAUCUCUAUAAAAAAAGAUCGUAAAGUGGGUAUAUACUAUAUACAUUUGAAUAUAAAUUGAGGAUGCCCUGUCUAACUAACUGUCUUCGAAAAGUUUUUUUUUUCUUUUUCAAUAUAGGUUACAAAAGUGGUAUGAACACUUGAAUAUGCUUAAAGUAAACCAUGAUUUUCACGCGACUCGUAAGCAUGAUAUACGAAUUAAAUUAUAUAACCGAGUUUGAACGAAAUAAAUAUAUAAUAUAUCUCCUUAUGGAUAAAUUUUUUGAAAAUUUUGAGUAUCAAGAAAAACUUUGAUAUAAAAAAGAGUAAACAUAUAAAAAAAGAUUAGGUCAUCAGUUUACUAACGGGCUUGGACCUUAAAGCCCAGCUAUAGAGACGAGUUGUUUGCUCUCUCCGACGGCCUCUCUCUAUGCUCUGCAUCAGCGCGUGACGUCACGCUCCGCCUAGGGUGACUUCAUGCUGAAAUCUUUGAAUCUUGUCUGAAGCUUAGCAUGAAUUCCGUAAAACACGGGUUUUUGCAUCACUCGCGUUCCAUUAAAGCUGGUUUAGCCUUGACAACAAUCUCCUCGAACCAUCUCGUUAAUAUCUACUCAAGACAUGGCUUAUUACAGGAAGCUCGGAAGGUGUUCGACGAAAUGCCUGAGAGAAACGUUUACUCAUGGAACGCUAUGAUCUCGGCCUACGUAAAGUCCAACGAUUUGAAAGAAGCGAAUAAACUGUUCAGAACGGUUAAUUCUAAACGAGAUUUGGUAACCUAUAACACUCUGCUUUCAGGGUUUGCCAAAACUGAUGGGUGUGAGAGUGAAGCCAUUGAGAUGUUUGGUGAGAUGCGAAGGAAAGAAGAGGAUGGGAAUUGGGUUGAUGAUUUCACUCUCACCAUAAUGCUCAAACUCUCUGCGAAGCUAACCAACGCGUUUUAUGGUGAGCAGUUGCAUGGCGUUAUGGUGAAAACAGGGAAUGAUGCAAGCAAGUUUGCCGUGAGCUCUCUCGUUCACAUGUACUCGAAGUGUGGGAAGUUCAAGGAAGUUUGUAAUGUCUUUGAUGGAUCGUGUGUUGAGGUUAUUGAUGGUGUGGCUAAGAACGCGAUGGUUGCUGCUUAUUGUAGAGAAGGUGACAUUGACAGAGCUUUGAGUAUAUUCUGGAGGAAUCCAGAACUGAAUAAUAUAGUUUCUUGGAAUACAUUGAUUUGGGGAUAUGCGGAGAAUGGAUUUGAUGAAGAAGCUUUGAAGAUGGCUGUUAGUAUGGAGGAAAGUGGGUUGAAAUGGGAUGAACACACAACCGCGGCUGUACUAAAUGUUGUGAGUAGUUUGAAGAGCUUGAAGAUUGGAAAGGAAGUGCAUGGUCGGGUGGUGAAGAUCGGAUCAUAUUCUAAUAAGUUUAUAAGCAAUGGGAUUGUUGAUGUUUACUGUAAGUGUGGAGAUAUGAAGUAUGCAGAGUCUGUCCAUUUGUUAUAUGGUUUUGGCGACUUGUAUUCAACUUCUUCGAUGAUUGUGGGUUACUCGUCUCAGGGCAAGAUGGUGGAAGCGAAGAGGUUGUUUGAUUCUUUCUCCGAGAAGAAUCUAGUGGUGUGGAGUGCAAUGUUCUUGGGAUAUCUCAAAGUAUGUCAACCUGAUUAUGUCCUUGAACUUGCACGUGAGUUUAUAGCCAAGGAGAACAAAGUUACUGAUUCUUCGGUCAUGGUUAGCAUCCUUGGUGCAUGCUCUUUACAAGCUUCAAUCGAACCGGGGAAGGAGAUUCACGGUCACAGCUUGAGAACGGGGAUUUUAAUGGAUAAGAAACUUGUGACUGCUUUUGUUGACAUGUAUUCAAAAUGCGGGAACGUUGAGUAUGCUGCAAAGGUCUUUGAUAGUAGCUUCGAGAGAGAUACAGUUAUGUACAACGCUAUGAUAUCUGGUUAUGCUCAUCAUGGACAUGACGAAAACUCUUUCCAGCUCUUUGAAGAUAUGACUGAAGCUGGACUCAAGCCGGAUGAGAUCACGUUUAUAGCGCUCCUAUCAGCUUGUCGUCACCGUGGCUUAGUUCUAGAGGGUGAGAAGUACUUCAAGUCGAUGACAGAGGUUUGCAAUAUAUCCCCCGAGGUUGGUCACUAUACCUGCAUGAUAGAUUUGUACGGAAAGACCAAUAGAUUAGACGAAGCCAUAGAACUAAUGAAAGGUAUUGAUGAAUCUGAAGAAGAUGCUGUUAUUCUUGGAGCGUUUUUAAAUGCUUGUAACUUGAACAAGAGUACAGAGCUUGUGAAGGAAGUGGAAGAGAAACUGUUAGACAUUGAUGGAUGUAACGGGUCUCGGUAUAUUCACCUUGCUAACUCUUAUGCCUCGUCUGGUAGAUGGGAUGAGAUGAGACAGAUACGGAAUCGUAUGAGAGGGAAGGAGCUGGGAAAGUUUUAUGGGUGCAGCUGGGCAUAUAUUGAUAAUCAACUUCAUAUGUUUAGGUCCUCUGAUAGUUCGCAUUUCAGAACUGAAGCUAUAUAUUCUAUGCUACAUUUUGUGACUAAGGAUUCGACUGAAAUGAUUGCUUAAGAAAGAGAUAGCUUUCUCAGUGUUCUUCUCAUCAUCAGUGAUUGUUGGUCAUCACUGUUUUGAGUGUCCACAUUUUGUUUUACUUGCCUCUGUUGGAUGAUCGCUCUUUUGAAGCUGUUGCAUCAGCCAGAAGAUUCAGAAGCAAGAAACCUAAGCUUUCUUAUCCAAAGUGGUUGUAUAAAACUUCCUCCAUUGAUGGAAUCAUGGAAGGGCAUGUUAAGUCUUAACUUAGCUCACCCAUACAAGGUCAUAAAUCAAGCAACACAAUACAAUGGAGUUAAGACAACAACUGAAACAACAUCACACACCAACACAGAACAACAACGGCAACAGAAACAGUACAAGAACAAUGGAUUCAUAAAAGAAAAUCAAAACACAAAGCGAAACCUUCGAAAAGGAAACCUGUCUUAGCAAGUUGCACCAGAUAAUCCACACUUCUCCGGGAGUUUAGAAGCGAGGUCGAGGUCGAUCGAACUGAGAAAAGGAUUGGUUUUGGUUUUCUGCUUGCAGAGACACUGGAAGUCAGCCUUAGACAGGGCAGUGCAGCAAGGGCCCUUGGGAUCAAUCGCGGAGGUCACUGGGUUCUUACUCUGCACAUAGGGCUUGCAAGAGUACAGAUCAGAAACGCUCAUACCACAGAACUCUCCCGUUGCUGCCGUGAGUGUCAAGGCAAGAACCAAGGUAAUAACGACAAGCUUAGUGUUUGGCUCCAUUGCUUUGAGUAUUUUGAGAGAUUGUUUUGCAACUACUUGAUGGUUUGCUAUUUCUUAGCUUAGGAUAGGCUAGGCUACCUGCUUCAAAUGGUUUAUAUAGAGAGGAUAGGCACGUUACUGGUGAGAUUAGAUCUAUAAAAUUAUCAUAAUAACAUGAAAACAUGGGUCCCUAGCAUCAUAUAAGACAAUAAUCUUGUGACUAAUCUCAUGUGCAUAUCUAUUUAAGCGCAUAUGUAGGGGAAUAUCGAAUGUAUGAGAUGGUCUAUACUAUACAUGUAGAUGUAGUGUAAUCGAUAUUCUUUUGUUGUCUUAUGAUACUUUAAAUAUAAUAUAAAGUAAGAGCACCCGUGAGACAGUGGCAUUACUUUCGUUCCAAUGUGCUAACUUGUCACGGGCCUUCUUUGGUGUCCUCAAACUUUAUUGGGGACUCAAAUUUAAUUGCUUUCAUAUGCAACUUCUUGUACUUUUGAUAUAUCUUGGACGUAUUAUCCUAUCCCAAUUUGACAAUUUUUUAUUGAGAAUAAACGAUAUUUUAUUCUGCUUCUGGUGAAACUGUAGUGCUUCUGUGAGUUAAGUAGCAGUCAAAGGUGUCUUAUGGUUGUAUUUUUGUGGUCUGUACCUGCCAAGCUGUGAGCUAACAUGUGUAGAUGAAUCAAUGAAGACAUAUAAGAUGGAGUAAAAGUUCAUUUAUUGCAGCUUGAGUUCACAUUUCACAUGUAGAAAUUGGAUAGAGUCUUAACCUCAAAAUAUAUACUAAAAGAAAAACAUUAUUCCAUCAUGCGAAAUGGCAUAACAUUAAAAGUUCAUUUUUUUACUAAUUUGAAAGCUUUUCUUUGCAGUCUCAACAAGUGGCGCAGGACGAAGAUUGAAAUGAGUAGCAUAGGUCAAGUAGGCACAGACCAAAGA